UUCUGCGUCUCUCCGUUUCUCUCCUUUUCAUCGAUACCCUUUCCCUCAUACCCAGACACAAUGGCGAACAACGUCAACAAUAACGAAGCCGGAGCAGUGGGCAAGGAGUCCAUCAACACAGACAUCAUCACGCUCACAAGGUUUCUUACCGAGGAGCAAGCGAAACACAAGGAGGCCUCGGGAGACUUUACCCUCCUAUGCCAUGCACUUCAAUUCGCAUUCAAGAGCAUAUCCUACUACAUCAGGAGAGCAACACUUAUCAACCUCACUGGUCUUGCGGGAUCUGCCAACACAACAGGAGAUGAUCAGAAGAAGCUCGACGUCAUUGGCAAUGAUCUUUUCAUCAGCGCCAUGAAGAGCUCCGGCAGAGUCAAGUUGCUCGUCUCCGAGGAAGAGGAGGAGGCUAUUGUCUUCAACGAGUACCCCAACGCCCGCUACGCAGUCGCAUGCGACCCCAUUGACGGCUCGUCGAACUUGGACGCCGGUGUCUCGGUCGGCACGAUCUUCGCAAUCUACAAGCUUGGUGAAGACGCUAAGGGUACGAAGGAGGAUUUGCUAAAGCCAGGAACCGAAAUGGUCGCGUCAGGAUUCACUAUGUAUGGCGCAUCAGCUCAACUCGUCAUUACAAUGAAGGGCGGAGGUGUGAAUGGUUUCACAUUGGACAACUCGUUUGGCGAGUUCAUCUUGUCCCAUCCCGAUAUGAGGAUUCCUAAGACACGUGCCAUCUACUCCGUCAACGAAGGAAACAGCCUUUACUGGGAGGAGCCUGUAAAGGAGUACAUUAACAGCCUUAAGUACCCCAGCGAGGGCGGCAAGCCGUAUAGUGCCAGAUACAUUGGAUCCAUGGUUGCUGAUGCAUACCGCACCCUGCUAUAUGGAGGCAUCUUCGCUUACCCCGCGGAUAAGAAGAGUCCUAAGGGCAAGCUGCGAAUCCUCUACGAGUGCGCACCCAUGGCCAUGGUUUUCGAGAAUGCCGGUGGAAAGGCCGUCGACAGCAACAUGCGACGCAUGCUCGAGGUUGUGCCCGAGCACAUCCACGACCGAAGUGGUAUAUUUAUGGGUAGCGAAGGCGAGGUCGAGAAGGUCAUCCAAGCGCACAAGAAAUACCAAAAGUAGGCGUGCGUGCGUGUGUGCAUUGGCAAGAAGAAAGCAUAAUUCGUUUCUCUAUGGAAAUGUCUCAUGAUGAGUUAUUAGCGCGCUUCCGAGAUGGAGAUAUUGGUACAUAUUGGUAUUUGGUGCGAUAAUACUGGAAAAAGGGCGCCAGGUGUACGUUAACUACCAGAUAUGAUUACGGAUGUAUGGGCUUCCAGAUUGCUGGACGAUCACUCCAAUCUUGUCUCACCCCAAUCGUUGCUGUG